AAAGCACCUGUUUCCAUACUGUCAGCAUAAGCUCUUCUUUCAUUGAAGUCAUGAGCUCUUUCUCCAUUGAAGAACAGAAUAAAAUAGAGAAAACUUGUAAGAAUGGCAUUGGCAUUCUUGAGUUUCUUCCUGCAAAGAACUAUUUCGUUACUGGUGCCACGGGUUUCCUAGGCAAAGCCAUAAUUGAGAAGCUAUUACGAGCAGCACCCAACGUUUGCAAGAUUUAUCUCUUAAUCAAGGCAGAAAACGAAGAAGCUGCAUUAGAAAGAAUAAAAACUGAAAUAAUAGAUUCAAAUCUAUUCGACUUGGCGAGAGAUAUGCAUGGGAAAUCUUACCAAGAUUUCAUGUUAAGUAAGGUGGUUCCUAUUCCCGGAAAUAUUGGUGAAUCAAAUCGUGGUAUGGAUCCUGAUUUAAUAAUGGAAAUAGCACAAGAGGUAGAUGUAGUCAUAAAUUCAGCAGCCAAUACAACAUUUGAUGAGAGAUUUGAUGUAGCUGUAAACAUAAACACAAGAGGGCCAUCUCCCUUUCUUUUGCUUUCAAACUGGGGACUACGUGGGCCCCCACACACCCGAUCACAUAUAAACUUGUCCACCAGCAUUGCCAACUUGCAUUUCCAAGCGUAA